GAAUUUUGUGUAAAGUUGCAAUAUUUUGUGGUGCAUAUUGAGGGAAUGCAGCUGUAAACAUACACCCAGUAACGCUAAAGCUCCUCUUGUUUAACAUUAGUAGUAUUUUCCUGGAAAAAAAAUAUGACCUUGUCAGCAAUGGCUUCUCAUAGCAUAACAAGCAGCUUGACCUGGUUAAUUAACUUUUCAACAAAAUCCCAUUUCACUAUCGAUCAUAGAACCCAGUUUUGCACAGCUGUUGGGACUCUAAAGAGACCAAGAAACAGGAAUUCCUUCAAAAUUCGAGCUAUGGGCUCCUCACCUUCUUCCCCUAAACCAGACAGCGCUCAAGCAACUAGUAAUGUAGAUUACAGUUCUUUAAGUGAAGAAGAAUGGAAGAAGCAGCUCACAGAGGAGCAAUUCCAUAUAACCAGGCAAAAGGGUACUGAAAGGGCUUUCACUGGGGAAUACUGGAAUACCAAAACCCCUGGAACUUACCACUGCAUCUGUUGUGAGACUCCUCUUUUUGAAUCAUCUACCAAAUUUGACAGUGGAACUGGAUGGCCAUCUUAUUAUAAGCCGAUUGGAAACAAUGUAAAGUCGAAAUUGGACUUGUCCAUCAUUUUCAUGCCCCGACAGGAAGUUCUGUGUGCAGUUUGUGAUGCUCAUCUUGGUCAUGUGUUUGAUGAUGGCCCUCCACCUACAGGAAAUCGGUAUUGCAUCAACAGUGCUUCUCUGAAGCUGAAACCAAGUAAAGGUCCACGUUAGAUGAGAGCAGAUUAGAGGCACUGAAGUUUGGACUAUGACAGAUUACUACAUAUUCUGGAGCAUCCAUUUCUAGAAUCCUGCUUAGAUAGUAGUAACAGCCUAGAAAACAAUGUCAUGGGUGUACAUCUAAUAUAGUUCAAUUAAAUCUCUGGAACUUCAUCUAUCCUGCCGGGUACAAGUUCUUCUUCAUUGUUGUAAUCUGGGGAGAUGGAGUUGAUACUUCAUGGGAUGAAGGGAUGGAUGCUUUCUCUAUUCUUGAAAAGAAUAGAUUUCAAACAUCAGAUGAUGUUGCCCUUUUCCGCCUGUUUUUAUUAUCUAAAAUGCAUUAAUCGGACUUGAAUAAA